CUAUGAUAAGAGCAGAUUAUCACUUACAGAACUACUGAAUCAUGAAUAAUAUUGGAUAUAGAGGAAGGCAAAUGAUGAACGCUCUGCAACCAAGAGAUGAAGUUGACGACCAAAAAAACACAAAUGUAUCAACUAGUUUGACAUGUUCUACUUUAAAUAAAGAGAGUGAUACGGAUAGCUUUCUUCUUUUUGUAUGACUUGAAAUUUUGUUGUGCUG